GAUUGGGAAUAUAAUUCAAUAGGCAAAAAAGUUGCUUUGAAAGAAAUAAAAGAUUCUAUAUAUGAUAUAGUUGAAUUUCUGAAAGUGGAUGACUUACAUAAAUUUUUAACUAAAAAUUUUUGGGAUUUAAGGUGGCGAUCAAAAAUAGACAUAUUAUUAUCAAUAGCAUUGGGUCUCGAAACCUUGCAUACAAAAAAUUUAGUUCAUUGUGACCUUCAUAGUGGAAAUAUUUUGAUAAAUGAUUCUUUCGAUCUUAUUAAUUAUGACCUAGUAAUAGAUUUAGAAAAUACAGCAGAUAAUGAUGUUAUUCGACAACUUAAAAUUGCUGAUGAAAAUCAAAAGAACACAUCAAAAUCUCAAAAGCAAGAAUUAUUUGAAUUAUUUUCAUAUUCAAGUAAGUUACAUCCUCAAUCAUGUUAUAUUAGCCGAUAUAUUUUUACUCUCUACGGAUUAAAUGAUUUAUUGGAAGAUCUCAAAUCUGGAAAAUCAUCUGAUCCUAAUUUAUUAUUUAAGUCCAAUGAAUCAACUACUUCAAGUGUCAAUACUCAUGAUAUUGCUGGGGAAAUAGAAAUUCAAAGCAAAUAG